CUUCCUCUCGUUCAAUUCGAAUCAUGGUGGCUGUCCCGACGCUCCUCUCGCUCGCGCUUCUCGUCUCGGCCGUCUCGGCGCAGUCGACGCCGUCGUGCCCGCCCCGCGUCCGCAAGUCGUGGAACCGCUACUCGGAGACCGAGAAGGCCACGUACAAGAAGGCGCGGUUCAUCUCGAUGCACUCGGAGCAGAUGAGCAACAAGGAGGCCCACGGCACGUGCGUCUUUCUCUUCUGGCACCGCAAGUUCCUUCUCGGCUACGAGAACCUCCUCCGCAGCAUGGGCCCCGAGUACGCUUGCGUCACGCUGCCGUACUACGACUACGUUCAAGACAACGUCGCGUACGGCGCUAAGAAGUGCACGAGCAUCGAAUCGUGCUCGUCCAUUUUGCGCGAUAUGGGCGGCUCGACCGGCGUCGACAAGUCGAUCCCGAUUGGCCGCUACACGGUCGCGGGUCGCUGCGUCGCGAACGAGCCGGUGAACCAUUUUUGCGAGUCGAAGGCGAGCUGCGCCAAGUGCGUGCCCCGGGGUCCGUGGUCCACGACGACGUUCAACCCGGACCUCGGGUUUAGCAACAUCAAGAACCAAGUGUUUGGCGGCAAGGACAUCGCCGCGACGACCCGCCUUAUUGAGUCGACGCCGCACAACAGCAUGCACGGGACACUCGCAGGCGCCAUGAACAACGUCUUUAUCUCGCCGACCGAGCCGGUUUUCUACUCGCACCACGCGAUGGUGGACGCGCUCCAUACGAUUUACCACAAGUGCCGCGUCCAAGGUCUUGGUCUGAGCCCCGCGCAGAAGCAGGUGCACGCCAUGUCGUUUGCCGGCUGCAGCGCCAACGGCGGUGCGAUCACAGCCACGUCGGCCAUCACGAUGCGCGCCGUCGUCAACGGCAAGACGGUCGCCGUCGACAGCGAGCCGAGCGUGCAAGCGUUUUUCAAGGGGCUGCCGUCGGCGUACUAUGGCCUUGUGGACGCCAACGACCUCGGCAGCAACAGCUACGCCUACGAGUUUACGGGUCUUCUCGGGGACCUCUACACCAACUGCCAGACCUCGGGCACGCCUCGCGCCGCGACCCGCCGCCUGGUCGACGGCGCCAAUGCCACGACGACGACGACGACGACGGUGACCAACACGGUGGUUCCGAUCGCCGACAACUCGGCGGCGCAGGCGCUCCUCAACUGGCGCCUUGACGUCUUUGCCGCUGCACCGCGCGACAUGGCCGACGCCGACGUCGAAGCCGACAUUGUCAAGAUGCGGACGCUGUACUACGAAAACUGCCUCAACGGCGUCGCCGACUACAGCUCAUCGUUCAAGGCGCUCUGGAAGGUCGGGUCGAGCCCGUCGACCAAGGUGCUCAACGCCGUGUACGACCAGUCGAGCCCGAUCCGCAUUCCUGAUUGGCAAACCAUCAACUCCAAGCACUUUGGCUGCAGCGGCGAGCCAACCAAGUAGAAUAGAUUUGCAUUUUAAAGAAGCAUGAAUGAUAACAACUGC